AUGGCCCCGGAUCGCUCGCUUUAUCGGGGCUGCUCGCCGGCCGUGCGUCGAAAGACGUGCGUGCAGGACUUCUCCCAGGAUUUGGAUCGUCCUCCCCUCAUCUCGGCCUCGGAAGUCUACUUCGAUGAGGAGGACCCGGACGCCAGCCAGAAGGCCUUAGAGUGGCAGCUGUCCUUCGACACAAGCACCGCGAGCCGGGCCGUGCUGCCCCGCUGCAUGUCCCCCUCCCUCGAGGCCGGCCUCCCCCGGGACCGCGCGCUGAGGGGAGCGCGAAUCCUGGGUUGCGACGCCUCGUUACAAAGGGCCAUGGGCAUCGGCCUUGCAGUCGCCGCGGAGCUCGGCGAGCCGACGCUCAGCGAUUCCAUCUGCCGCGAGCGAACCGACCUCGGCCUUGCCUUCAAGCAGCAGUCGGGCCGGUACAACGUCCCGUCACCGCUUGCAUCCCGCGUGCACGGCUCCUUGCGACGGCCGAAGGAUCAGGUCACCUUCAGCUUCAAGCGCACGUCGUUUCCGGGCUUCACCAGCCGCUCUUCGGUGAAAAGGGCCACCUCCGCACCUCAUCUCCGGCCAGAUGGAGACUUGUCGAAGUGCUCUGCGGAAAGCAUCCGCGAGUUCAUCGCCAGGGAGUGCACGCCAGACAAGCUCACGGUCGUCGGGGUAAACGUUGCGUUCGAUGAGCUCUGCAAGUGGACAGCUCGCAGCUUUGCCGAGCAAGGUCCAAGCUUUUCGGGAGCGGCGGCCGAGGGCUCGUCGCCCCGUGCAGACAUGGCGCCUGCGAAGUACACCGGUGGGGAGUUGCGGAUGAGCCGGCCGAACCCGCUUUGCCAUCUCAUCUUCGGCUGGGAGGUGCCCGGCGGGUGGAACGGGAAGUGGCUGGCAGCUGCCACGGUGCUUCAGAUGUUCCUGGGCGGUGGUGGCAGCUUCUCCACCGGGGGCCCAGGCAAAGGCAUGCACACCCGCUUUUUCACCGAGAUUCUCAACAGGCAUCACUGGGUCGAGUCUUGUCAGGCAAGUACAGUCAUGUACAUCGACAGCGGUCUUUUCACCGUCUAUGCGACGACCGUCCCCAAUGGGGCAAAGGACUUCUGUGAUGUGCUGGCCAGGGUCUUUGAGGGCGUGAAGGUGAUGACCCAGCUGGAGUUGGACCGUGCAAAGAACGCCCUGUCCUCCAGUAUCCACAUGAACCUGGAGAUGCGGGCCGUGAUGAUGGAGGACCUCGGUCGACAGAUGGUUUUGUCCGGCAAGGUUGGCACUGCCAAGGAGUUCACCCGCAUGGUGGAAGAAGUUGAGAAGGAAGACCUGAUCGAGGUCAUGCGAGUGGUACUCGCAUCGCGCCCAAGCAUCGUGGCUUUCGGCGCCAUCGACAAGGUGCCGCCCUUCGAGGUCAUCGAACAGAAGUUCAAGGGCGUGAGACUUCCAGUGUCGAGGAAGCACAAUCCGCAGGAUCGGCAGGAUCAAGCGAGCUAG